AUGAAUUGCACUUAUCAUACAAAAAAUCAAAUAUCAAUGAUAUGCAGAGCCCCUCAUAAAUGUUCAUAACGAAGAAAACUUUGCUGUGAAUGUCAAGAGGAACAUGGAGUGGAUUCUAAAUUUAUAGUAUCGAUUAAAAAAUUUCAAGAAAUGGUUAUUAAAAAAUUAAAUGAAUCUUAGCUUGGGGAAACAUCAAAAUUAACUGAAAAAAAAAUGAUUAUUAAAAAUUUUCUAUCUCAAACUUAAAGCAAGCUCAAAAAAAAUUUUGAAGAAUUAUCAGAAUUAAUAAUUCAAAUAUUUGAUAUGAUUCAACAGGAAAAAAUGUCAUGUAAAGGGCUUAUGAACUAAAAUGCUAACCUAGCAGAAGCAUCUUAUACUGAUUUAGAUAAAUUAGUCUCCAUAGUCGAUGGUUAAACAGAAAAUGAUUGGAGUGCUUAAGAAAAAUCUUGUAUGAUGGAAAUGGAUACGUUAAAAAAUUGGAGGGACCAAGAAAUUGAGUCUUUUUUCCAAAAGUCAAAAGAAAGAAUAAAAAACUUUCAUAAUUAAAGUAAGCUGGGGCUUUAUUAAUAGCCUGACAUUAAAAUUAUUCAUAACAAAGAAUCAGUUUAAGUUUAAGAACAGAAAGAAUGUUUGUAUAAAAUUUUUUCUUAGAUAAAAGACAUAGAUGAAUCAAAAUUUAAUGCAUUUUUUGCAAUGCUAAGAAAAUAAAAAAUAUCAAAUAUUUUUGGAUAUCUAUCAAAAGCUGAAAAUUAAAAGCAUUUAGAAAAUUUUGGAAUAAAUAAUAUUAAAAAAAUAAUGAAUGUUCUUGAGAAAAUUUUGCAUCAUGAGUUUAAUAAUCUAAACUACUCCACUUAAUCUUUUGAAUAAACCAAACAAGACUUAAUCGAAAAAAUCAAAAAAGAUAAAUAAAUAAUUUUAUUGUUAAUAUAAUUAGUUAAACUAACAGCUAUUGACAAUUAAUUCAUUUAAAGUGGAUCAAAUUCACUUCACCUAUUGAUAGCUAUGAAGAUUGAUCUGACAAACCAAAAUUUUGAAAAUAUUAAAAUUUAGAACAUAUCAUUGUAUGGAGGAACUUUUGUUAGAUGCAAUUUGAAUGGAUCAGAAUUCAAAAAUGUAGACAUAAAUGGGAUAAAUUUAAAUGGAGCAUAAUUAUUUAAUUGUAAAUGGGUGGAGGUGUAAUUAGACGAAUUAUACAUGCUAUAAGGUCAUAAUAGCAGCGUGAAUCAAGUUUGUAUUUCAGCUAGUGGCCUUACAUUAGCAUCUUGUAGUAAUGAUAGCUCUAUUCUUUUAUGGGAUAUUUUGAAAGGAGAAUAAAUAGCCAAAUUAGAUGAUCAUAGUGAUUGUGUUUCAUCAGUAUGCUUCUCUCCUGAUGGUACUACUUUAGCAUCUGGUAGUGCCGAUAAAACUAUCCGUUUAUGGGAUGCAAAAACAGGAUCAUAAAAAGUCAAAAUUUUUGGUCAUAAUGAGUAGGUGUCAUCUGUAUGCUUCUCUCCUGAUAGUUCAACAAUAGCAUCUGGUAGUGCAGAUAAAACAAUCCGUUUAUGGAAUCCAAAAACAGGAUAGUAAAACAACCAAUUUUAGGGUCAUAGUGAAAAGGUUUCAUCCUUAUGUUUCUCUUCAGAUGGUAAAAUUUUAGCUUCUGGUAGCGUAGACUAGACUAUUUGUUUAUGGAAUGUGACAGGAUAAUUGAAAAUUAAAUUAGAGGGUCAUGAUAAGGCUGUUUUAUCAAUAGGCUUUUCUCCAGAUAGUACUAAAUUAGUGUCUGGUAGUGCAGAUAAAACCAUCCGUUUAUGGGAUGUGAAAACAGGAUAAAAAAAAGCAAUAUUGAGUGGUCAUUAAUAUGAAGUUUUUUCAGUAUGUUUCUCUCCUGAUGGUACUACUUUAGCAUCCGGUGGUUCAGAUAACUCUAUUCGUUUAUGGGAUGUUGAAAAAGAAUAAUUUUAAACAUAAUUUGACGGUCAUAGUAAGGCAGUUCUAUCAAUAUGUUUUUCUCCUAAUGGUUCUACAUUAAUAUCUGGUAGUGAGGAUAAAUCUAUCCGUUUAUGGGUUGUUAAAAAAGUAUAAAAAGCUCAAUUAGAAAGUCAUAAUGGAUUGAUUAAAUCAAUCUGCAUUUCUCCUGAUGGAAUUACAUUAGCAUCUUGUGGUUAAGAUAGCUCUAUUAUAUUAUGGGACAUGAAGACAGGUUAAUAAAAAGCAAAAUUAGAUAGUCACAGUAGUGAAGUUCUAUCAAUAUGUUUUGCUCCUAAUGGUAUUUCAUUAGCAUCGGGUAGUAAAGAUAAGACUAUCCGUUUAUUUGAUUUAGAUUAAAAAUAAUAAACUGCUAAAAUUGUUUUAAAUAGUGAAGUUUUAUCAGUAAGCUUCUCUCCUGAUAGUACUACAUUAGCAGUUGCUUGUAAAGAUAGCUCAAUCAGUUUAUGGGAUGUUAAAAAAGAAUAAUAAAAAAUUAAAUUGGAAGGUGAUAGUUAUGUAUGCUUCUCUCCUGAUGGCACUAAAUUAGCAUUUGGUGGUAAAAAUAAAUGUAUUUAAUUUUUGGAUGUAAGAAGAGGAAAAUUAACAUUUUCAUUAAAAAGUGGUGGUUCUGAAAAGUAAGUAUGUUUCUCUCCAAAUGGUACCAUAUUAGCAUCUUGUGGUUUUAAUAAUACUAUUCGAAUAUGGGAUGUUGAAAUUCAAUAUUAAAAAGCUAAAUUAGAAGGUCACAGUAACGAAGUUCUUUCAAUAUGCUUUUCUGCUGAUGGUACAAUAUUAGCAUCUGGUAGUAUAGAUAAGUCUAUUCUUUUGUGGGAUGUCAAGACAAGAUAAUAAAAAUUCAAAUUGGAAGGUCAUACAGAAUAGGUUUCAUCUGUGUGUUUCUCCCCUGAUAGUAGUAUUUUAGCAUCAAGUAGUGAAGAUCUCUCUAUUCGUUUAUGGGAUAUCAAGACAAGUUCAUAAAAAAACGAAAUAGAUGGUCAUACUGAUGAUGUAAACUCAGUUUGCUUCUCUCCUGAUUUUAAUUUCUUAGCAUCUUGUAGCAAUGAUGAAUCUAUCCGUUUAUUUGAUGUUAAGGGAGGAUAAUUAAAAUUCAAAUUUAAUGCUCAGAGUGGAUUGGUUCAAGCAGUAUGCUUUUCUUCUGAUAGCACUACUAUAGCAUCUGCGAAUGCAGAUAAAUCUAUUGGUUUAUGGGAUUUACAGACAGGAUAAUAAAAAGCCAAAUUAGAAGGUCAUCGUAGGAAAGUUUUAACUGUAUGUUUCUCUCCUGAUUGUAAUACUUUAGCAUCUGGAAGCGAAGACAAUUAGAUACAUUUAUGGGAUGUAAAGAAAAGAUAAUAAAUAGCCAAAUUAGAUGGUCAUUCUGAAUGGGUUUCAUCAGUAUGCUUUUCUCCAGAUGGUACUAUUUUAGCCUCAGGUAGUGGAGACUACUCUAUUAGAUUAUGGGAUGUGAAUAAAAGAUAGUUUAAAACCAAAUUAAAUGGUCAUUCUGAAUGGGUUUCAUCAGUUAACUUCUCUCCUGAUGGCGUUACAUUAGCAUCUGGUAGUGCAGAUAAGUCUAUCUGUUUAUGGGAGGUUAAUACAGGAAAACAAAAAGCCAAAAUAGAAGGUCAUCAUAAGGAAGUUUUAACAGUGUGCUUCUCUCCUGAUGGAACUAUUUUAGCAUCUGGUAGCAAAGAUAACUCAAUUCGUCUAUGGGAUGUUAAGACAAGAUAAUAAAAAACCUUAUUAGACGGUCAUUAUCAUUGGGUCCAAUCAGUCUGCUUUUCCCUUAAUGGAAUUACAUUAGCUUCUGGUGGUGCAGACAAGUCUAUCUGUUUGUGGGAUGUAUAGACGGGAUACUUGAAAGUUAGAUUGGAUUCUAAUUUGAAUCAUUCACAAUCCAUUUCCCUUUCUCCAGACGGUUAGACAUUAGCAUCAGGUAAUGGAGAUGAGUCCAUCAAUUUAUGGGAUAUUAAAACAGGUUAUAAAAUUGAUCCAUUUAGUAAAUGCUAUGAAGAUCUUUUAGCCUAAUUUAAAACUCCAAUAUUUUAGUAAAAUCUACUUCCAGAAUGUGGUAUUUAUUAAGCAAUAUUUAGUUACCUCUCAUCUUAAUAUUCUUCUUAUAUCCAAACAGGCAUUAUUUUAAGUUUCUGGAGCCCUUAUUCUUGAAGGAUAAAUUGAGAAUCAAUCAGGCAUAUCAUUAAAAAAAUUAUUGAAAUAAAAAGGAGGUUUCUUUUUGGACAAUUCAUCAGGAUAAUAAUAAACAAAAGAAAAAGAAAAUUGUAUAAUUUAAUGA